GGCUGACAGUCUGUGGUGCGUCAUGGCGGCCACGGUGGUGUUAGCGGUGGUGCUGGGCGGCGGGUUGAUCCUCAUCGCCCGGAGAAUGUUCUCCAGGCGCAGGACUGUUCUCCGCUUCCCCGCCGGUACGAUGCGCGGGAAAACGGUCAUCGUGACGGGCGCAAGCAGCGGGAUCGGUAAGGCCACGGCGGCCGAGCUGUUCAGGCUGCACGCGCGGGUCAUCAUGGCGUGUCGGGACCGCGCGAGAGCCGAACAGGCGGCCACAGAAAUCCGCGCAUGCGCGGGAAGCUGUGACGGCGAGCUGGUCAUCAAGCACGUGGACCUGACGUCACUGAGAUCCGUGCGCGCGUUCUGCCAGAAAAUCUUCCAGGAGGAGCCGAAGCUCGACGUGUUGAUUAACAACGCGGGUGUGUUCCGCUGCCCGUACUCUAAAACGGAGGACGGCUUUGAGAUGCAGUUGGGUGUGAACCAUCUGGCUCACUUCCUGUUAACCCACCUGCUGACAGAGCUGAUGGUACGUUCCGCCCCGAGUCGCAUCCUCAUUGUCUCCUCCAAACUUUACAAAUACGGCAGCAUCCGAUUCGACGACAUGAACAGCGAGCGCAACUACGACCCCGCCUUCUGCUACAGCCAGAGUAAACUAGCUAAUCUGCUGUUCACGCGAGAGUUAGCGAGGAGACUGGAGGGGCGGGGCGUGACAGUGAACUCCCUCUCCCCUGGGAUGGUCAGGACCAACCUGGGCCGCCAUGUCCAGGUCCCCCUCCUGCUGAAGCCCCUCCUCUUUCUGGGGUUAUGGCUGUUCUUUAAGAGUCCAGAAGAGGGAGCUGAGACACCGCUGUACCUCGCCUGCUCUCCUGACGUGGCUAAUGUGACUGGGAAGUUCUUCUCUAACUGCCAAGAGGAAUUGCUCCUGCCUAAAGCAACGGACGACGACACAGCAAAGCGGCUAUGGGACCUGAGUGAGACCAUGGUGGGGAUAAAGAGCUGAGCUGGAUCUGACUGGUUAAAUACGUUGAUGAUGUUCUUCUGCUUCUAACAAAACCACUGUAAAUGAUUAGUAAAUAUGUUUAAAGAUGUUCCGUGUGGUCUGUACAAUACGUGCUUAUACACGUGUGCAUGAACAGAAACACUCUUCAGAACGUUUAUGAUGUUAAAGCAGUACUCCGUUCUGAAGUGAUCAUUCAUUUAGACUUUUAUUUACAGUGUUGGGAUUCAGAACAGAUCCGUGUAAAGAACAAACUGAGGUGUAACUCCUCCUCCUAAUUUACAAACCUACAAGUGACAGGAAGUAUCCUGAGGUAGCGCUGAACGCAUGACGCAGCACUGCACUUGAACUGCAUUUACAGAGAAACCUGCUGGUUCUUGUGUCCAGUUUCCCUCUCAGAACAUCUCUGAGGAGUGAAGUGUCCAUCAGUCUCUCUCCUUCACGACUGAAGUCUCUACAGAUGGAUUUAGAAGUGCUCAUCAGCUCCAUCACUUCAGAAUGUACUGCACUGUGUGUCCUGCUAAGAGCUGAGAGCGGUGUGUGAUCGGCGCCCCCUGGUGGCUCUGUGUGGGUGUGUGUGUGUGUGGCUGCAGAUCUUUCAGAAAUACUGAAUACUAAUAAAAUAAUUGUGAUGAUGGAUGUGACUGAUGGAUUGGAAUGACAUCCCAUAAUACUAAACUCCACUGCAAUGAGAGAGACAGAGAGGGGACACAGACAGAGAUGAAAGAGAGACAGAUAGACAGUGCCCGUGCAGUUGUGCCUUAUUAGAGAGAGUGAGAUAGCUCUGGUGCAGUAGUAGAAGUUGUGCUUUAUUAGAGACAGUGAGACAGGCAGAGAGAGAGAGUGAGACAGCCCUGGUGCAGUAGUAGAAGUUGUGCUUUAUUAGAGACAGUGAGACAGGCAGAGAGAGAGAGUGAGACAGCUCUGGUGCAGUAGUAGUAGUUGUGCUUUAUUAGAGAGAGUGAGACAGGCAGAGAGAGAGUGAGACAGCUCUGGUGCAGUAGUAGAAGUUGUGCUUUAUUAGAGAGAGUGAGACAGGCAGAGAGAGAGUGAGACAGCUCUGGUGCAGUAGUAGUAGUUGUGCUUUAUUAGAGAGAGUGAGACAGGCAGAGAGAGAGAGUGAGACAGCUCUGGUGCAGUAGUAGUAGUUGUGCUUUAUUAGAGAGAGUGAGACAGGCAGAGAGAGAGAGUGAGACAGCUCUGGUGCAGUAGUAGAAGUUGUGCUUUAUUAGAGAGAGUGAGACAGGCAGAGAGAGUGAGACAGCUCUGGUGCAGUAGUAGUAGUUGUGCUUUAUUAGAGAGAGUGAGACAGGCAGAGAGAGAGAGUGAGACAGCUCUGGUGCAGUAGUAGUAGUUGUGCUUUAUUAGAGAGAGUGAGACAGGCAGAGAGAGAGAGUGAGACAGCUCUGGUGCAGUAGUAGAAGUUGUGCUUUAUUAGAGAGAGUGAGACAGGCAGAGAGAGUGAGACAGCUCUGGUGCAGUAGUAGUAGUUGUGUUUUAUUAGAGAGAGUGAGACAGGCAGAGAGAGAGAGUGAGACAGCUCUGGUGCAGUAGUAGUAGUUGUGCUUUAUUAGAGAGAGUGAGACAGACAGAGAGAGAGAGUGAGACAGCUCUGGUGCAGUAGUAGUUGUGCUUUAUUAGAGAGAGUGAGACAGGCAGAGAGAGAGAAUGAGACAGCUCUGGUGCAGUAGUAGAAGUUGUGCUUUAUUAGAGAGAGUGAGACAGGCAGAGAGAGAGAGUGAGACAGCUCUGGUGCAGUAGUAGUAGUUGUGCUUUAUUAGAGAGAGUGAGACAGACAGAGAGAGAGAGUGAGACAGCUCUGGUGCAGUAGUAGUUGUGCUUUAUUAGAGAGAGUGAGACAGGCAGAGAGAGAGAAUGAGACAGCUCUGGUGCAGUAGUAGAAGUUGUGC